GAAGAAGCAACUGUAGCGGGAUUUGAAGUUCCAAAAUCACCUGAUUCGAGUUACAACAACGUGUACCCUGGGAAUGAAGAUGAGACACGGGACCCACCCAUAGUUCCUGCACAACUGCAAGACACAUUACUAAGCGGUCCAACAAGCAGAGACCAAUCUGAAUCCCUUCGAUUACCCCAGCAUGUGAUUGUCAACCAUCUUUACAUUGAGAACAGAGAAACCUCGCGACCUGUUGUGGCACUUGGAAUCACUCAUCGCUUCCGUGCGAAAUUCGUUACUGUCGUACUCUACAAACCUGUUCAAAGAAGGGGAAGUACCAGUAAUUGAUUUGUGCAUAUUGUACUACCUACCUUACGAGCCUUUAUUUUAGGUUUGUUUAGUUUGUCUAUGUUAUGAUUGGAGGAAAUUAUAUAAAAACCCAAAUGGGAACUAGCAGCGAAGCAUAUUUAUGUUGAUGAAGCUGCUGGUGAAACUUAAUGUUGAUCCUUGAAAAUUUUCUGGACUUGAAAUCAUCAAAUAGUUUGAUAAAGAGUAGAUGUUCCAUAAAUUCAAUUUGUUAUCUAUGUUCUUUUUUAAAA